GAGUUCCUCCGCUGAGCGCGCCACGUCGCCCUUAGCGAGCUUGUGGGGGACAGGCAGGGGGAGGGAAAAAGCCGAGUGGGGCGGGAACUAUUUCCUCUCGCGAUAGCUAGCGACGGCAGCGGCGGCGGCAGCGGCGGCGGCGGCGGCGGCGUGUCCGUGAGAGUAGCGUGGGGGCGGGGAGGAGAGGCGGCGGCAGCGGCGUCCGAGCUACGCCACACAGGGUCCGGGCGUUGAAAGCCGGAGUGCAGAGCGGGGUCGUGGCGGCGGCGGAGAGGAGCGGGAGGAGGAGGAGGGGGUGCCAUGGCCGGGCAGCAGUUCCAGUACGAUGACAGUGGGAACACCUUCUUCUACUUCCUCACCUCCUUCGUGGGUCUCAUCGUGAUCCCGGCCACAUACUACCUCUGGCCCCGAGACCAGAAUGCCGAGCAAAUUCGAUUAAAGAAUAUCAGAAAAGUAUAUGGAAGGUGCAUGUGGUAUCGUUUACGGUUAUUAAAACCCCAGCCAAAUAUUAUUCCUACAGUAAAGAAAAUAGUUCUGCUUUCAGGAUGGGCAUUGUUCUUAUUCCUUGCAUACAAGGUUUCCAAAACAGACCGAGAAUAUCAAGAAUACAAUCCUUAUGAAGUAUUAAAUUUGGAUCCUGGGGCAACAGUAGCAGAAAUUAAGAAACAAUAUCGUUUGCUGUCACUUAAAUAUCAUCCAGAUAAAGGAGGUGAUGAAGUCAUGUUCAUGAGGAUAGCAAAAGCUUAUGCAGCUUUAACUGAUGAAGAGUCUCGGAAAAAUUGGGAAGAAUUUGGAAAUCCAGAUGGGCCUCAAGCCACAAGCUUUGGAAUUGCCCUGCCCGCUUGGAUAGUUGACCAGAAAAACUCAAUUUUGGUUUUACUUGUAUAUGGAUUGGCAUUUAUGGUUAUCCUUCCAGUUGUUGUGGGUUCUUGGUGGUAUCGCUCAAUACGUUAUAGUGGAGACCAGAUUCUAAUACGUACAACACAGAUUUAUACAUACUUUGUUUACAAAACCCGAAAUAUGGAUAUGAAACGUCUCAUUAUGGUUUUGGCUGGAGCUUCUGAAUUUGAUCCUCAGUAUAAUAAAGAUGCCACAAGCAGACCAACAGAUAAUAUUCUAAUACCACAGCUAAUCAGAGAAAUUGGCAGCAUUAAUUUAAAGAAGAAUGAGCCUCCACUUACCUGCCCAUAUAGCCUGAAGGCCAGAGUUCUUUUACUAUCUCAUCUUGCUAGAAUGAAAAUUCCUGAGACCCUUGAAGAAGAUCAGCAAUUUAUGCUGAAAAAAUGCCCUGCCCUACUUCAAGAAAUGGUUAAUGUAAUCUGCCAACUAAUAAUAAUGGCCCGGAGCCGUGAAGAAAGGGAGUUUCGUGCUCCAACUUUGGCAUCCCUAGAAAACUGCAUGAAGCUUUCCCAGAUGGCUGUUCAAGGACUUCAGCAAUUUAAGUCUCCCCUCCUGCAGCUCCCUCACAUUGAAGAGGACAAUCUUAGAAGGGUUUCUAAUCAUAAAAAGUACAAAAUUAAAACUAUCCAGGAUUUGGUGAGUUUAAAAGAAUCAGAUCGUCACAGUCUAUUGCACUUCCUUGAAGAUGAAAAAUAUGAAGAGGUUAUGGCUGUCCUUGGGAGUUUUCCAUAUGUGACCAUGGACAUAAAAUCACAGGUAUUGGAUGAUGAAGAUAGCAACAAUAUCACAGUAGGAUCCCUAGUUACAGUGUUGGUUAAGCUGACAAGGCAAACAAUGGCAGAAGUAUUUGAAAAGGAGCAGUCCAUUUGUGCUGCAGAGGAACAGCCAGCAGAAGAUGGGCAGGGAGAUACUAACAAGAACAGGACAAAAGGAGGAUGGCAACAGAAGAGCAAAGGACCCAAGAAAACUGCUAAAUCCAAAAAAAAGAAACCUUUAAAAAAAAAACCUAUACCUGUGCCAUUAUCACAGUCAAAGCAACAGAAACAAAAGCAGGCAAAUGGAGUCGUUGGGAAUGAAGCUGCAAUAAAGGAAGAUGAAGAAGAAGUUUCUGACAAAGGCAGUGACUCUGAGGAAGAAGAAACCAAUAGAGAUUCCCAAAGUGAAAAAGAUGAUGGUAGUGACAGAGAAUCUGAUAGAGAGCAAGAUGAAAAGCAAAACAAAGAUGAUGAAGCAGAGUGGCAAGAAUUACAACAAAGUAUACAGAGAAAGGAGAGAGCUCUGUUGGAAACCAAAUCAAAGAUAACACAUCCUGUGUAUAGUCUUUACUUUCCUGAGGAAAAACAAGAAUGGUGGUGGCUUUAUAUUGCAGAUAGGAAGGAGCAGACACUAAUAUCUAUGCCAUAUCACGUGUGUACACUAAAAGAUACCGAAGAGGUAGAACUGAAAUUUCCUGCACCAGGCAAGCCUGGAAAUUAUCAGUAUACUGUGUUUCUGAGAUCAGACUCCUAUAUGGGUUUGGAUCAGAUUAAACCAUUGAAGUUGGAAGUUCAUGAGGCUAAGCCUGUGCCAGAAAAUCACCCACAGUGGGACACAGCAAUAGAGGGGGAUGAAGACCAGGAGGACAGUGAGGGCUUUGAAGAUAGCUUUGAGGAAGAGGAAGAGGAAGAGGAAGAUGAUGACUAAGCAGUACUAUGAAUAGACCACAGUGUUUGCACAUCUUUGCAAAAUUUUGCUGUUUUGAAAGUGUAAAAUAAACCAGAAACAGGACAGAACUGAUGUUGAGGGAGGUCUUAGUUUCUUUUCUCUAGAAAUGGGUGUGUUAUAUUAACUAGGCAGUGGUGGUGCCUUGGUACAAUCUGAAAAAUGCUUAAGGCUUAUUGAAGCUUUUCAAGUAUGGGAUGGUGCGUUUAUUUCAUCUGCAAAUGAUAAUAAAUCCUUUGUUAUUAUAACUGUU